AUGACCAAAAGUAACAUUAUUUCUAAUAAUAACGGUUCGAUCUAUGAGCCUGGAAUGAGCGACUCAGAGGAGCCGCACUCAGAAGGAAGAGAGGAUGAUUUUUUCAUCGGCUCACCUCUUGGAUGGAUUUCAGAAAUCAGCAUAAGAUUGAUCAUGGGAGGAAUCUUACUUGGCUCGUAUGUCGGAAUAACCCCCUUUAUUCGACAUGUAGAACCUUCUCAAUGGUAUAUGUACAACUAUCCUCACAAAGAGGUCGAUACCGUAACUGAAACUGCACUGUUCCUCAGUAUCGUCUUGAUUCCACCAGGAAUCACGCUUUGUGUCAUCUUAUACAGUUAUUUCUAUAAAAACAGUGGCUGGCGGAGAAAGUAUCGAGAUCGAACCGAAAACGAAGGUCGAAUGAAAAAGCGAAUGCUUUCCGAAAUCUUCGUCGCAUUUCUUGCCUUUUCUAUGUCCUACCUUGCAAAUGGACUUGUCACAGAUAUCACCAAGAAUCUUUAUGGACGACCAAGACCAGACUUUUUGUCUAGAUGCUACGCUCCUGGAGAUAUCUAUGCCAAGGAAGGAUAUUGGAUCACUCUUCCACACAAGGACCCAUUGCGAGCAAAAGCUAUCACAAAAGAACAAAACGAAGCCGUUGAAAAAUAUCACAAUACCUCCGCAUUUCCACAACCUGCUGGCUAUUGGAUCGGCACAUGGAAGUCAAGUUUGCAACUAGGAAUGGGGAAAGAAACGAGAAACUUUCCCGGCGUUUCAGCGAAACUGGCGACUGUUUUUAUCUUUUUCCUGCCUGCAAUUUAUGUUGGUGCGAGUAGAACUCAGGAUUACCGUCACCAUCCUACAGAUGUCAUUGCCGGUGCAAUCAUCGGAAGCGUAACAACGUUCGUCACAUUUUUCCAGUAUUACAGUUAUCGCCGAAUGUGGCAAUAA